AUGCCUCUCGCACAGAUCGACGACAAUGGAACCGCUAUCUACUACGAGGAUACUGGUGUGCCGGAUGGCUCCUCGACUUACCCUACUAUCGUUAUCACGCACGGCCUACUGAUAAACUCUGGCAUUCCCAUCCCUAAAUUCAACGAACAACCUCUGACGCGCAAUAUACUGCUCUUAUAUCAUGACCCGCCGUCUCACAUAUAUGGCGUAGUACCCGAUCUGGGUUUCACUUGGCCUUUCGUCGACCCUACAGUUCCGCCUGAACGGAAGGCAGAUGAAUUCGUCGACUGGGUGUCUGAAUAUAACACUCCGCCGCCAGAUGGGACUCCCAUUACGGUCGAGUCGAUGCGCAAGUACUUCACCACCACUCCGCGCACGCCGACGCUCCGCACGCUGUCCCCGGAAGAUUACGAGCGAACCGUCGAACUUCAUGUUCGCUCCGGCGGUUUGAUUAUGACCACAGACGAGGCGAUCCGCCGUAGGCAUACGCGCUGCACAUAUCUUGACGCGGAUGCGGUCCUGCCCAAUGUCGACAUCGUAUUCCUCUUCUGUGAGGAGGAGGCGGCCGAGCCGGGUAAGAGAAAGCGAAAGACCACUUUCCAGAGAUUGAAAAAUGCAAACCACUUUCUUCAAUGGGAUGACCCAGAGCGGAUGAUCCGCAUUUUUGCAGAGCAUUGCUACAAUCGUCUGUAG